AUGCAGGCAAGAGUACGCCUUGCAUCAGCUACAUCGCGGCGGGUGGCCGCAGCUUCGAGAGGCGCUCUGCGACAGCGCAGCCAGUUCUCCCAGACCCUCGGCGCAACAACACAGUUAACGACGGCCUUUGGCAAUUCGUUACAUGUUCUUCCCACCGCUGCAUUUCGUGCAUAUUCAAAUGGCCGACCACAACCCCCUGGCGGCACGUAUCGGAUGAAUCUCGGCGGCGAGCCCGAGAAGCCGGCGCUGGAGCAGUUCGGCAUCGACUUGACUGCGAAGGCGAGGGCAGGCAAGCUGGAUCCCGUCAUCGGCCGGUCUGCCGAGAUCCAGCGCACCAUUCAGAUUUUAUCGCGGAGGACGAAGAAUAAUCCGGUGCUCAUCGGAAGCGCCGGUGUCGGCAAGACAGCUGUGAUCGAAGGUCUAGCCUUGGAGAUUGUGCGCGGGGCUGUCCCCGAGAGUAUCAAGAACAAGAGGGUGAUCAGCCUGGAUCUUGGGUCGCUAAUCGCUGGCGCAAAGUUCCGCGGUGACUUUGAGGAGCGUCUGAAGAAAGUGUUGAGCGAGGUCCAGGCCGCCAAUGGCGAGGUCAUCCUCUUCAUCGACGAGUUGCACACCCUUCUUGGCCUGGGCAAGGCCGAGGGAUCUAUCGAUGCUUCCAACCUCCUGAAACCUGCGUUGGCGCGAGGCGAGCUGCAAUGCUGUGGUGCCACUACGCUCGCCGAGUACCGCCAGAUCGAAAAGGACGUCGCCCUUGCUCGGAGGUUCCAGCCCAUCAUUGUCAGUGAGCCGUCGGUGCAGGACACGAUCAGCAUUCUUCGUGGCAUCAAGGACAAGUACGAAGUUCAUCAUGGUGUGCGCAUCACCGACGGAGCUCUGGUUGCCGCUGCAACAUUGUCGAACCGCUACAUUACCGACCGUUUCCUCCCCGACAAGGCUAUCGACCUGAUGGAUGAGGCCGCUAGCUCUCUCCGGUUGCAGCAGGAGAGCAAGCCCGAAGAGAUCCUUCGUCUCGACCAGAAGAUCAUGACCAUCCAGAUCGAGCUGGAAAGCUUGCGCAAGGAGAAGGAUAUUGCGAGCAGGGAGAGGCGGGAGAAGCUCGAGAAAGAUCUGAAGCAAUACCAGGACGAGGUUAAGGUGCUGAUGGAGAAGUGGGAGAAGGAGAAGGCUGAGAUCGACGCGAUCAAGCAGACGCAAGCCGAGCUUGACAAGGCGCGCAUAGAGCUGGAGAAGGCUCAGAGAGAAGGCAACUUCGCUCGGGCUUCUGAGCUGCGCUUCGGCGUCAUUCCCAGCCUAGAGAAGAAGCUCCCCAAGGAUGAUGUGGUCGAGAAAGAGGACAGUCUCAUUCACGACGCCGUGACUGCCGACGACAUCGCUAACGUCGUCUCCCGGACCACCGGCAUCCCUGUCAACAAGCUUACCAGCGGCCACACCGAGCGGCUCAUCCAUAUGGAGGACAUCCUGCGCGAAUCGAUCCGCGGCCAGGACGAAGCCCUCAAGGCAGUCGCCGAUGCAGUGCGCAUGCAGCGCGCCGGUCUCAGCGGUGACAACCGUCCGACCGCCUCCUUCUUUUUCCUGGGACCCACCGGCGUCGGCAAGACCGAGCUCUGCAAAAAGCUCGCCGGCUUCCUCUUCUCAACCGAAUCUGCCGUCGUACGCUUCGAUAUGAGCGAGUUCCAAGAGAAGCACACCAUCUCUCGUCUUAUCGGCGCACCCUCCGGCUACGUAGGCUAUGAAGAUGCCGGUCAGCUCACCGAAGCCGUGCGCCGCAAGCCCUACGCGGUCCUGCUCUUCGACGAGUUCGAGAAAGCCCACCGCGACAUUUCCGCCCUCCUCCUGCAGGUCCUUGAUGAAGGCUACCUCACCGACGCCCAAGGCCACAAGGUCGACUUCAAGAACACCAUUAUUGUUUUAACCUCCAACCUCGGCGCCGAUAUCCUCGUCGGCGCGGACCCCCUGCACCCCUAUAAGGAAACCCCCGACGGCGACAUCCACCCAGAUGUGAAGAAGGCCGUCAUGGACGUCGUGGCCGCUCAAUACCCUCCCGAAUUCCUCAACCGCAUCGACUCCUUCAUCGUCUUCAAACGACUAUCUCUGCAAGCGCUACGCGACAUCGUCGACAUCCGCCUGCGCGAACUCCAAGCCCGCUUAGACGACCGGCGCAUCACGCUGGUGGCUUCCGACGAGGUGAGGCAGUGGCUCGCGGAGAGGGGGUAUGAUCCCAAGUUUGGUGCACGGCCGCUGAAUCGGCUGAUCACGACGGAGAUUGGGAAUCGGCUCGCGGAUAAGAUUAUUCGCGGGGAGAUUCGCACGGGGCAUACGGCGGUGGUGGAGAUUGCGGAGGAUGGGGAUGGGUUGACGGUCAGGGCUGAGGAAAAAGCUGAGAGUCGGCCGGCGGAGGCGGCUGCGGAGUGA